CCAGGUCGGGAGGGAGUCUGCAGCUGUCGCAGCAGCCUGGAGGCGCCGGCCUAACAGCACACGUGGGGGCGGUCCGGAGAGGCCGCGCGGAAGGAAGGAACAGGUGGACUAGAGCGGACGGGGAAGCGGUAACCUGACUAGUCUCAAAAGGGGGAGCCGCGCGGCCCCUGUCUUGCUCCGCCUUGGGUCCCCCGGAAUCGCCAGAGUCGACUCCCUCCAGCCGAGGCCGGCAGAGAGAUUUCCCGCAACGGCCGCCGUCCCAGCCGGCCCUUGCGGGAGCCCUCGCUGCGCGCCCGGCGCGGACCCUGCGACGGCUGUUACCGUUAACAGCCAGUGGAUGCCGCCCGCCGCGCCGGCCCGGCCAAUCUGUAGAAUUUCUCUCAAAUAUGUUUACCUCCCCUUUCUCAAAAAACCGUCCCAUGUAACUAAAAAAAAAAAAAAAAAUUUUUUUUUAAGGAAAAGAGAAGAAAAAAGUCAAUAAAAUUUAAUGAAUACAUCAAAAAAAAAAAAUCUGGAUAUAUAUGUAUUACUCCACAUCUCUGGAAAAGAAUUGGGGUCCUCAUAAGCUGUAUUUUUGAAAAAUGAAUGAAUUUAAAUUUAAAUAUCAAUACAUACCACCUGUGACUGUGCAUUUAUCUGAAGAAACCACCACAUCCAAGCUAUCUUCCUCUUCUGUGGAAGGUUUUGAAGCCAAAAUUGCAAGUCUGGUAGAAAUGUUUCUUGUAGAGGUAUACAGAUGUAAGCUUUGCCAGUUCACCAGCAGCAUAAAAAACAAAAUCAAGACACACGUAUUUAAUAUUCAUGAACAGGAUGGUUGCCAUCCUAGUUCUGAAUGCCAAGAAAUGAGUACAGAUCCAGAUGAAAAUGAUUCCUACAGUAUUGGAGAUGAAAUAAGUCAAGAAAACAAAGAGAAUGAAGAAAAUCUGGAGAAAAUGUCUUUCCUUUUGCCCAUGUACAGAAUGCUUCAUAACAUGAGCCCUGAAUGUUGUGAUAUAAGCCUGGAUAAUCACAAUGACAGUACCCAUGUACCCAACUCGUGCGAUGUAAACACACUAUUUGAAGAAGAAUCUGGACAAUUCCAUCUGGAGGAGCCCAGUUCCAUGGUAUCUAAUGCACUCUCCUAUUCACCAGAUCUCUCUGAAUCUAAAAAUAGCAAGGAAGAUGAGGAAGCCCAGUCUGAGCAUCUAAUGUCUCUUGGCUUGUGCCGUAUUUCUAGUGUGAAAUCGCUAGCCAUGGAACAAAAGAUACCCAAAUUAGGUACCAAACAGGAAAUAGGUAGAAGUCAUAAAAAAGACACAAUUGACAAAAAUAACUCAUCUCAACCAUUGAAAGAUAUUUACUCCCUAAAGAGUGGUGACAAAAGACAUUUAAGAUGUGCUUCUUGUGACCAGCAAUUCAUGUCCAAAGAUGCCCUUGAAAUACAUGAUAGAUGCCAUAGUGGAAAUCAAGGAUUUCAGUGUCUUUACUGUAAUUUCAGUGUGACUGAGUGGAGUUUAAUGGAUAAACACUUAAAAUCUCACAAACGGGUGAGGAGGAGCUAUCAGUGCCUAAUAUGUGAGAAGGUUUUUAUGACCCAGAGUGCCUGGAAAGUGCACAAGGAGAGUCACCAUGGGAGGAAGGGCCUUCUUCAGCACCCAGAGGGCAAGCCACUUUAUGAGACAGAUCCAGCAGAAAAUCUCUCCUUGGCCUGCCAUCAUGAGGGUUUGUUUAAAUGCCCUCACUGUGAUUUUAUUGAUAGCGAUUGGCCUAAGGUCCACAAACAUCUGAAUAGUACCCAUGACUAUAAUGCCAAUCCACAUCCAUGUACUGAGUGUGAAAAAAAGUUCUUCAGAAUAACAGAUUUGAAGAUGCAUAUGUCCAAACACAAGAAAGCCAGGGCCUUUCUUUGUUCAUUAUGUGACCAGACAUUCAAAUACAGACGUCAAUUGAGCAGGCAUCAUAAGCAUGUGCAUCAGAAACUGAAUAUAAAAGAGAGAAAAAAAAGAAAAAAAACAGAGAUUAGCCUCAUUUAUUCAGGCACAGAAGCCACAGCAAGAACCAGGAAAAAUGCUGUUGAAUUUACCUGCAAAAUUUGCAACAGGAAAUGUUCCUCCAAAUUGGCCUUGCAGAGACAUAUGGGUAUACACGCUGGAGUUAAGCCCUUCCAUUGCCAGCACUGUGACUAUAAAACAAGACUGAAGGCUUCAUUGAUACAACACAUGAGGAUUCAUACUGGUGAGAAACCUUUUAAAUGUGAAGUUUGCUCCUAUGCCUCAAUUGAUGCCAGUUCCCUUCGCAGACAUUUUAGGACCCACACACGGGAAAGACCCUACAAAUGCCAACUUUGUUCAUAUAGUAGUAUUCAGAAGAAGAGUCUGGACCUUCAUGUACGGCGACACCACACAGGCGAGACAUUUGGCUGUAGUUUUUGCUGCUACUCCUCUCCUGAUAAGCAGCUCCUACGGAAACAUAUUAAAAAAUACCACCUCAAUUUGGAACCUCCAUUGGCUGACACUUAACCAACCAUCACUUUCAAACUAAUUCACAAUUUCCCUUAUAGAAAUCUUUCCAAAAGGGGAUGUCAUUAUAAUACUACUCUCAAAUCAUUAUUGAUUUGAUCACUUUAACCAGAGGGAGUAUCUGUGACAAGAGACAAGAAUUUAUGGCUAUUUAUACAACUUGGUACAGCUGGACCUUACAGAAUGCUUAGCAGGAGUAUGAUGAGGUAGAAAAACACUGCUAUUGGACUCUGAAGAGACCUACCUUUGAGUUUAGGCUCUGACAUCUAAUAGUUCUGAGACUUUGAAAAAGUUAUAAUCUCUCUGAGCCUCAGUUUCCUUUUCUGUAAAAUGGAGCUAAUACUUGCACUGUACACCUCACAAAAUUAUUGAGGAAAUUGCUUUUUAAACCUUAAAUUUCUAUACAAAUGUGAGUUAACUUUAUAUCAUAUAUCAUUCUCUGAUAUUAGCUUCUUAGCACUCUCUGAGUGCUAAAGUAUGUGGUAGAACAGGAUUGAGUAGAUUUUUGUCUCCUGCUGCUUUCUGGGGUAGCUUAAAAAGAAAAUGGGAAUUAAUUAAAAUGUCAAUUUGGUAGUAUCAAACCCUAGGGCUAUCAUUUAAAAUAAUAAAUGGUCAGAGUACAUUUACUAUUGAUGUGAUAUUCUUCCCCAUCCUAUCAAAGUAAAAAAGAUACUUAAGAACCCCUGACUAGUUAAUAUUCUAUUUAUUACAUGCAGAUUAUUCACUGUUGCUCAAUAGUGAAAUAGUAAAUGCACAAAGCAUGCUAAAAGAAACAUCCAAUAAAUCUGCUUUUACAAAUUAA